AUGGAAGAUAUUGACUCUAACAUGUAUGAUCCUGAUGAUACUCUAUCCAUUUUGAUUGCUACUGAUAACCAUUUAGGAUAUUUGGGAAGAGAUCCAGUUUGUAAAAAUGAUUCUUUUGAGACUUUUAAAGAAAUUCUACAAAUCGCUAAAGACAAUGAUGUAGAUUUUAUUUUAUUGGGAGGAGAUCUUUUUCAUGAAAAUAAGCCAUCACGCAGAACAGUAUAUCAAACAACCAAUGGUGGUAUAAAUACAAUGAAUCACAUUGAUCCAAAUUUCAAGAUUGCAUUCCCCGUAUUUUCGAUUCAUGGAAAUCACGAUGAUCCAUCUGGGGAAGGAAAUCUUUGUGCAUUGGAUGUACUUUCAGCAUCAGGUUUAAUUAAUUAUUUUGGUAAAUCUAAAGUAGUGGACAAGAUUAUAAUCAAACCGAUACAUAUCCAAAAAGGCAAUACAAACCUGGCAUUGUACGGAAUGGGAAAUAUUAGAGAUGAGAGGUUGCAUCGUAUGUUUGAUGCUCAGAAUGUUGAAUUCCCAAGGCUUACUGAAGAUGUUGAUGAUUUACUUAAUAUUUUGGUAGUACCUCACGGAACAAAUUAUAUUCCCGAAUCCUGUAUUCCAAAUUUUUUCGAUCUGGUAUUUUGGGGUCAUGAACAUGAAUGUUUGAUUGAUCCAUUACAUAAUUCAGCCAGGGGAUUUCAUAUCACUCAACCUGGCUCUUCUAUAGCCACAAGUCAAUUUAGAAUGGAAAAAUUUAGACUCAAAACCAUUAGACCAAUGGUUAUUGAUACUAUAGUACUUUCGGAAAUUUCUGAACUUUUGUCUAAUGAUUAUAAUAAUAAUUUAAUAAAUUAUUUGAAUAGAAAGGUAGAUCAAAUGAUUGAAAAGGCAAAUGAAGAAUGGUAUAAAUUGAAUGAACAUAAUACAAAUCCGCCACUCCCAUUGAUUAGAUUAAAAGUGCAAUAUUCUGAAGAACAUAAAAUUUGUAAUAAUUCUGAAUUUUCGCAAUAUUUCCAAAGUCGUGUUGCAAACCCUGAAGAUAUUUUACUAUAUCAACGAAAAAGACCUAACACUAAAAAUCAAGAUAACAAUCCUAAUUAUUCGAUAGAUUAUGAAAACGACACCAUUGAACAACUUUCCAAUAAAAAAGUUACAGAUCUUAUUGAUGAAAUGUUAGAUUCGCUUCAAAUUUUACCAAAAAAUGGAUUAAAUCAAGCUCUUUCAUCUUUUAUAAACAAGGAUGAAGAAGAUGCCACUUGCGUAGUUUACGAACAUGCUUUACAAAAUGCAAGAGACAAAAUAUUGGAGGAUCCCACUAUAGUUGACGACAUUGCUAAAAAAGAGAAGGCACAACAAGAAUGUCAAAUAUUAGAUAGGUUAUUUAUAGAAGAUGAAUAUUUAGAAAAAUUAUUAUCAGGGGAUUCAAAUAAACCUGCCGAGGAUUCGCACCAAACAAACAUCGAAGAUUAUUUUAUGGAUCAAGCAUUCUCUUCCUCCAUCAACUCAAUCACCUCGCUAUCAAAGCAAAAAAUUGAAUCUCCUAAAAGAUCAUCGCCAAGCUAA